AACAGCCAUCUCAUGUACUUAUACUGGACAGAUUGCUGCAGGGAAAGCUCUUAUGUACGAUAGAUAGUACGAUAGAUAGAUAGAUAGAUAGAUAGAUAGAUAGAUAGAUAGAUAGAUAGAUAGAUAGAUAGAUAGAUAGAUAGAUAGAUAGAUAGAUAGAUAGAUAGAUAGAUAGAUAGAUAGAUAGAUAGAUCUAUGUAUAUAAUACAUAGUCUAUACUCAAUGCAUGCCUACUCUAUACAUGUGUAUUCUAUACUCUACACAUUGCUACUCUAUAUGCCUGUCUAUACAUGUCCGUUCUAUAUUCUGUACAUAUCUGCUAUAUACUAUGUGUAUAUAAUGUAUACUCUGUGCUUUAUACAUGCCUACUCUUUAAUCUAUGUCUAUACUCUAUACAUUGCUACUCUAUAUUAUAUGCAUGUCUGCUCUAUACUCUGUACAUGUCUACACUAUAUACAUGCCUACUCUAUACAUGUGUACACUAUAUGCAUGUCUAUUCUGUACAAACCCACUUUAUAUGCAUGCCUACUCUAUACAUGCCUGCUUUAUACUCUACACAUGUGCUCUAUACUUUAUGCAUGUCCACACUCUACUCUGUUCAUGUCUACUCCAUAAUCUAUGCAUGUGUAUACGUGUAUCUACUCUAUACAAGCUACAUACUGUAUACAUGUCUAUACAAACCUUAAAACUUUACAUUUCUGUUCUAUGCAAGCUUCAUCUUGUAUAUUUGCUAUAUGAUCUCAGAAAGUCAUAUGCAAGCAUGUAGUAUAACUGAAAAACUACACUUGCUGAACAGCAUUUCAGUGUGUAUAAGGGAGGGUUUAUGUAUUUACAUUUUGUGAGUACAAUUAAUUAUUUGGUACUUGCAGGGUCACAUUCUGUAUAAUCCUAAUCACAAAAACAAUUAUCACGGUACACCUGCCUAGUGACAUAAGUCUCUAGUGGUGCCAAAGGCUGCCCUUUAACAAAAUGCCAUUUUCUAUAUAAAGCUCAGUCUAGGCACAUCAAGCUAUUACCCUAAUCCCCUUGGGGCUUGUUUACUUAAUUAAGCAGGCUGCUACGGCUCCAAGAGGAAGCAGAAGCCACAGAACGGGACUCUAGUCCUGUAGCAGGGUGUUUUUCUGGUGUUAAAAGACACAGUGGCUUUCUGAAAAUGGCCUUGGGUCACUGGCAGAGGACAUGGGGGUGCCAACAAUUAUCCCUGCCUCAUGUUUUUAUGCCUAGAUUCCAAACAAGUUUUUUGUGUUAGCCACAUCAGGAAUCAAUGGGGAAAGACAAACAGAAGGAUUCCUUUGUGUGGGACGUAAAUAUAUAGCCUUUCGGAAGAUUUCCUCUGUGAGAAGAGACAUCCACCAGGAGGAGAAAUGGGCUGUGGGGUCACAAAAGGAAGUGAAUUCCAUAAAAGAUAUGACAAAGACGGAAAUAUCAUCUCAGUUAAGAUCUCAGCGGCCAUAACAAUCCGAGCUGCAGUUCUGAUCCAGCGCUGGUACCGGCAGUAUGUGGCUCGCAUGGAGAUGAGGCGCAGAUACGCCUGGAACAUCUUCCAGUCCAUAGAGUAUGCCGGGCAGCAGGACCAGAUCAAGCUGUAUAAUUUUCUCGGUUACCUUGUGGAUAACUUCACACCUUCCAGUACUGAAAGAAACCUGAUCUCUCACAUCUUCAGAGAAAAUGAAGUAUGCCGAGACACAGAGUGGGAGAGAUACUUUGACUACAGGAAUAUUGAGGUGCCAGAAAUCUACUCAGGCCCACGGCUAUCCUUUCCACUGGAUGCAGAUCAAGCUGCUGAUCUCGUAGAGGCCUUCCGAAACAAACAACAGCUCCAUUCUCAUUACGUUCUUCAACUUCUUGUGGAAACAUGGAAGUUGCUCAGAGUUCUGCCAAAUAUCACCCGAAUCUCAACCUGCCAUAGCAAAGAAAUCACAAUAUGUGGUGACUUGCACGGACAAUUAGAGGACUUGAUACUAAUAUUUUACAAGAAUGGGAUGCCGUCGCUGGAGAAGCCAUAUGUUUUCAAUGGAGACUUUGUAGAUCGAGGCAAGGACUCCAUUGAGAUUCUACUCAUUUUGUUUGCUUUCUUGUUGGUAUAUCCUGGAGAAGUUCACCUUAAUCGAGGAAAUCAUGAAGAUCACAUAAUAAACCUGAGGUAUGGUUUUACCAAAGAAGUGCUGGGCAAAUACAAGAUGCACGGUAAGCGUAUCUUAAAGCUACUGCAGAAGAUCUUCAGCUGGUUGCCCCUGGCAACAGUGAUUGAUCAGAAGGUGCUGAUAGUCCAUGGAGGGAUCUCAGACACGACUGACCUGGCUCUGGUCGCCAGAGUGGACAGGCACCGAUAUGUAUCUGCUCUGAGGCCUCCAAAGAAGAGGUUUAGCCACUUUGUUCGGUCUUCAGUGGACUCAGAGGUAGAUGAGGACAUGAUGGGCUCUAAAUACAGCAUACUGAACAGGAGGCGAGCCUCUCUGACCUAUUUCAGGCCCUUUCCUUUCCGCGAAAGCUUCCAGUGCCGCUCCUUGCAGGAUUUUUCAGCCACUGUUGCCCGGACCAUGGAAGAGGAGAUGGAGGUCCGGCGUAGGCAGGCCGCCCUGACCUACCCUGGAUACAGCCUGUCCUGCAGACACCUAAACACGUCCAUACCAUCUGAAUCAGAAUCAAACUCUGUAGACACUUUUGAAAACAUCAACAAUGAGUGGAAACAGAUACUGGACUUGCUGUGGAGUGACCCCAUGAUGCCAAAUGGCUGCAUGCCCAAUGAAGUCCGUGGUGGAGGCUGUUACUGGGGUCCCAAUGUGACGGAGGAGUUUUUGAACAAACACAAUCUGCAGCUCAUCAUCCGUUCCCACGAAUGCAAACAAGACGGAUAUGAGUUCUGCCACAACCGCAAGGUUCUCACCAUUUUCUCUGCCUCCAACUACUAUGAGGUGGGCAGUAACAGGGGAGCGUUCAUCAGGCUUGGUCCAGACCUAGUGCCUUACUUCAUCCAGUACCAGGCCAACAGCAUGACCCGUGAAAUGAGUGUCAGGCAAAGUGUCAGACGGACGGAGCACUCAGCUCUGAAAGUCCUGAGAGAGCAGCUGUUUUCACACAAGUCAGACCUCCUCAGUGCCUUCCAGGAAUACGAUAAGGAGAACACAGGCCUCAUUUCUCUGAAUGACUGGGGAAGUGCAGUGGGUAAGGUGCUGCAUCUGGACUUGCCCUGGAGAAUGCUGCGCUCUCAACUUAUCACCACUGCCACUGAUGACAUGCUGGACUACAACAACUGGUUCCGUAACCUCCCCAUAAAGGAGCCAAGCUGUGAGCACAUUGAGCAGACGUUGUUGGAGACGCUUUACAGACACCGCUCCACUCUGGAGACCAUCUUCAGAAUAGUGGACACAGACAACUCAGGUGUCAUUUCUUUCGAAGACUUCUGUCAGACAUGGAAACUCCUUAGCGUCUAUUUGAAGAUGGAGAUUUCUGAGGAAGCCAUCAAUGAUUUGGUGGUCAGCACUGACACAAACAAAGAUGGCAGCAUAGACAUUGAUGAGUUCAUGGAGUCCUUUCGGCUGGUGGACAGAAACAUGUUAGAAAGGGGCAAAAGCUCAUUCAUACGUAGGUCAGAGGACCAGGAUGGACCUCCAGAAGAGCAGCCCCAACACACAACAGGACGAGAAGGUGGACUUCCUGUUCCACCACAAUAGGUUACGACAGUGUUGUAUGGUUGGUUUAUCCAUUCUAUUCCCAACCAAUUUGCUUAUGUGGUCAUUGCUCAGGAUUCAGAGUGAGGAUCUUCAGGGGUCUCAGAGAGACAUUUUUCAUAAGAUGGUGCCCAGAAAGAGAUACAUGAUGAUGAGGCUUGGAAGUGUUAGUGAUGGCCCAGAGUUUAGUAUGUCCUCUCAGAAAGGCUUUCAGAUGAUGCGGCUAUAUGGCAAAUGGGCUUAAUGAAUUACCUACAGUUAUAGAGAUCUUUUUUGGAUGAAAUGCUCUGGGAUCUCUGCAGGAGGUGAUUCUACCCUUGAAGAGAUCAAUGACAUAAAAACAUUUCACUCAGGGUAGCAAGCUGAUAGCAUGCAAGUUCACUCAAGAAAAACAGAGACCAACAUCAUACCUCCACAUAUACUACUUGAUGGCAUUUUCUUUUGCCCACAACUUGAAACAGCAUCUUUAAGGUGAAAAUGAUCCUUUGCAGAACAGAUUACUCUUCAGAAUCCUCAAGAAAGUCAGAGACUCGUCUUCAUUUAAUGAAAUUUUAGUCAAAAUGGUCAUUGAGUAUGAGUUGUUCCUUUCUAUGGAGUCUUAAAAAAGUCUUCCAAUGAAGGCAAAGGGUCGACACACUGAAUACUUAAAAAUAUAUUUAGUUGUUGAGACUUCUGUAUAAUUUUCUGUUAAAUGUGUUUUCUGCCUUCUCCUGUCACUCAAAGACAAAUAACUUUUUCUUAAUGGCUGUUUUGACUGAAAAGGGCGGGCUCUGGCUUUUGGACAGUACUGUACUACUUUGACAUGUUUUGAGCACAAACUGAAGCAGUAUUUUACAGGUGAAGAUGAUCCUUUGGAGAACAGAUUACUCUUCAGGAUGCUAAAGUAUCAGAGUUUGACAGAUGUAUAUAUGAUAGCUACUCCUAUGUACAGUUUAUGUAAAUAAAACUAAUAUUUUCAAUUCUGUAUUAAACAUGCUAAGCAUGUACAUUUAUUGGUAGGUAGAGAUUUUCACUUCAAUUGAUCUCCAGACGGGUUUGCUUUUAGGAAUAUAUUUUUCACUCACUAUUUCAGGCCUAUAUUUGGUGGCCAAACCAGAAAGAAAAUGUUUUUCAAUCACAAUAUUAAUGCAAGAUACAAGGUCUGCAAAUAAGUAGGCUUGCAGUGUCAGCUUACAAAGUUUUUUGUUAUUAAUCAAAGAAAUUAGACUUAAAUUGUCAGAAGAUACCCCUGAGGUGCUCCCUUAUUUUGCUGGAUAGCAUCAGAAUGUGCAGAAGGCAUGGGCACACUGCUGAUUCAAUCAGGAUGUCUGCCUCUGAGAAAUGUUUACGGUAUGAAGUGCUACGAGAAUGAGUUUUUCUUUUUAAGUGAUUCAGCAGCGUUCAGCAAAACUAAUAAAUUGGCAGAGACACAAAAGCCAGAUGUUCAUUUUUGCCUUUUUGUGGAGCUGGCUAAACUUUCAUCCCACAGUGUUGAUGGGACUGGUACACCACUCCAUUCUCUAUUACAGUAUUAUUUAAAGCAGCAGUUGAUUUCGGGUUCCAGCAGGUGGUGCUGUACCGCUGAAUUAAUGGCUCCCGUGCAUUGUACCCUGCGGAAGGCCAGUUAACAGUUGACAGCUUUGGCUUUUAAUAUCUAAUCUUGAGCUCCACAAACACACUUCGCCUGAUCGCUUGCUGCAUGAGGGGAACAAUUGAAGGAAAAUACAAAACCUCUUCAGCCAAUCUGUGAUGUGGCCUUUAUCUUUAUCAAAGGUUGUCAUCCAUCCUUUUUAUAAUAAGAAAUCUGUGCCCUUCCUAAAGGAAAUGAACUCUAAUUUGGACUAUUACAGUGGGGAAGAGGUUAUUCUGGUGAUUACAGCAUCAUUUGGAAUAUUUGGUGGCCUACAUUAAGAAUCUGAUGGCUGGUGUGUAAUAGAUCAGGGCUGUAAUCAAAUCUUUUAAGGCAGUAGGGGAACUAGAAAGAAGCAAGGCUGACCUAAUGAUUGUUCAGCAUUUAGAGCAGGAGUGCCCAAACUUUUUGUCUAUGGGGGACACAUUCAGUGGGCAGAGGACCAAAAUGUUUUUAAUGAGUUUUAAGAAAAAAUGUAUAACAUUACCUUAUAUUUCAUUACCAAAAUACUUCAAAAAUACUAUUGAAAAAGGUCACUGGAGUGAGCAGGUGGUGCACUGCUGGGCCAAAUCAAACGUACUCUUAGGCCAACUUUGGGCAGCCCUGAGUCAGAGCAACAAAGUUUGCCAUUGAACACUUCAAUAACAGCCUAUUGUGAAGGGUGGGUCGUACGUUUGUUUCAUCAGAGCUGUAUUUUCAUGAUAAAGUGGUAUGUAGGUGGUGGGGAGGGAGUCUGGACAAGCUCAGAGUGAUGGAGAUGAUUACUUGUUCCAACACGUCUGGAACCCUGCGAGCAAAGCCAUGAGGUUCAGUUUUAAUGUUUGAGGACGUUCUGGGUCCUUAUCAAAAGGAGGCCAACAUACUAUACUGUUCUAAUGAGAAACUGUCCUUGCUCUUGCUCUGUCCUUGCUCUUGUAGUCUGUUUUGCAUCAUAUUAGGGUCAAUAUCUUUUAUUACUUUAUAACAUCUAUAAAGCAUUCAUGCCACUAAGCCACCCUUAACCUAAACAGAAAUGUUCAGAUUCCAUCAAUGAGAAGUGUUAAGUGUGUUAAUAGAGAGUAGACAGUUAUAGCAUCAACAAAAUAAAUACAAGACAUUCUGCAGUGAUCGCAACUUGUUUAUUGUUUUUUGGGUUUUUUUUGCAAAUAACACUAAAAAUGUUUACAAAAAGCACUGUAGAAACAUUUGUGCAGUGUAAAUUAUCAAAACUAAAACUGGAUAUUACUUUGAAAUGAUUUUGCACCUAACAUGACGACAUGAGGAUUGUCAUUUUCAGCAGCAAAAAACAAUGUGUCUCUGAGGUGAACGUGAAAUGAUGGAAAUGCUCAUUAAAGAGCGUCCCAAAAGACGCAGGGAAUGUGAACUGAAAUGUGGUUGGAACGACUGCUACACUGCUUCCACAUAUUACUAAAGCAAGUUUAGUAAACAAGGGUGAUAUGGCACUAGAAGCUUGUCCCUGAAGGAGGGCGUCAUUCAUCUAAGGAAACAGAAAACAAAAAAA